GCCCAGGGACAUUUGAUGAAUGUGACCAAAGCACUGAACGAACUGGAGGAACAAACUCGUCAAAAGAACACCCUUCGAGCUUGGAUAAAUCAACAAAGAGCUCUGUGCGCCGAGUGGAAGUCUCGGCCAGCGAAAUUAAGAUCCGAGGCCGCGCAUGCCGAGUUACAAGCAAUGAACGACUUGCUUGCAAACGUUGGAGAACGUCGAACUUACGCAUUAACCGAACUGUCGCUUCACGAGGACGAUCAAGAUAUCGAAGAGGGAUUGAACAAACUGGAGGCAGAGUUGACGGACGCUAUCGCGGGCAAACAAGCUGCUCAAGACUUGAUACAAAGAUACAGAACGCAGGUGCAGAAUAUUCAGUCGUGGUUGGAUGCUCUGUCGAAGAAGGUUGACAUUAUCGAGAAAGGAAAUGGGCAAACAAUCGGACAGAAGAUCGCUAGUGUGAAGGAGAUCACAACGGAGUUUGAGUCUCAAGGACCUGGAAAGUUGAACGAGGUGAAGACUCUGAGCGAACAAGUGAUGGACUCUGUGAGCAACUUGGAUUCACAGCAGAUAGAAGAGCAAAUCAAGUCCGUGGAAAGACGAUACGCCGAUAUAGCGAAAAAACUGCAAAGAAAGGCGCAAGUGUUGGACAUGACGGCUCAAGGUAUCGAGGCAACUAGGCAAGAGAUUGAAGAGAAUCGUGACUGGAUUCAGCAGAAGAAACAGCAAGCACAGAUCUCUGAUCCGGUUGGUUUUGAUAGCAAGCAGGUGGAGGAGAAGCUUCUUGCUUUGAAGGCGAUGCUGAAGGAAGCAGAAGGGAAACAGAUGGUGAUCGAUACCUUGGAGAAGCGAGUCGGUAACAUGCAGAACGAAUUAGAGACCAACGAACAACAACAAUUGGAAAAUGAAACGAAAGCUUUGCGCGGGGAACAAUCUCAGCUUUGCACGAUCUUGACUGAAGGGAUUUCCAGUGCAACGGCAGCGGCCGAUGCUCGCCGCAAGUUCGAGGGUGACUUGGAACGAGCACGAGCCUGGAUCAAGUCCAAAAGCAAUAAUUUGAAGAAGCUAAGCGGUUAUCUGCCUUUGAAGGCGUCGAAAGUGGAACAGGAUAUCAUUCAGCAUGGAGAGCUGGAAGCUGACAUCGAUUCCUUCAGUGAGAAGGACUUGAACGACAUCUUGAAGCAAGGGCAUAAUUUAUUGAAGGAAUGUAACGAGGAGGAUCGUGCGAAAUUGGAAAAGAUCUUGGAUGAAUUGAACAAGGAUUACGAAGAACUGAAGAGCGAAGCGCAAGAGAAGCAGGCGGCGCUUGCAGAUCUUCUUCAGGGACGAAAAGCGUUCGAAAGUGAAAUAGACAAGUGUCAGAGAUGGAUCAACGAGGCUGAAGUGGCCACGUCUUCGGAUCUGAGGACUUCUAGUAUCGACAUUUUAAGGGAACAGUUGACUAAGUACGAUCGUCUAAAGAAAGAGGCAAAGGAGUACGCGGACGACAUUGAGAAGCUGAUACAGCAAGGAAAAUCGAUUCUGCCGACCGUGAGCGACGCUGACAAACUCGAGCUAAACGAGCAGCUACAAAACAUGAAAGAGGCUCACGGUAGAAUAGCUGGUAUCAUAAGUGAAAGAGCUUUGGCACUUCAAAAGAGUAUCGACGAAGCCGAGGAAUCAUUGGCCAGAGUCGCCGAAGCCGUUCAAUACAUGACAGACGUGCAGAAAGAACUUCACGAGCUUAAUAAACCGAUUGGUGCUCGCGUCGAAGACGUGGAAGCUAUGUUGGAUGCUUACGAGAGGAUCCUAAACGACCUGAAAGCAAACAAGGCGAAACUAUCCGAUCUCCAGUCGGUCAACGUAGCCGAUCUUCACGGAGUACUGACUCAGCAGGACGACCUCAUAAAGGCUAUAGAAUCGCAAAUAGCGAAACUUCGCCAGUUACUUCUGUUACGACAACAUUUCAUCGCUUUGAUCACCGAAAUUACGACCUUUAUCGCUAAAUAUACGGAGAUCGUUCGAGACAUCGAAAACUCUGGCCAGACUAUAGAAGAAAAGAUUAAGAGAUACGACGACGCCAUUCUAAAGAUCCAAGAAUGCGAAGCUACCCUCGCAAGUGCCACGGACAAGGGCCAGCAGAUCGCUGCAGAGGGUUCGACCGCUGAUAGAAACAACAUAACAGAACAGUUACAAUCGUUGAAACAACAACUGCAAGGCCUGAGAAGAGCCGUGGAAACACAGAGGGAGCAACACGAAUUAGCUGCGGCGGAACACAAGAGACUCGCGAAUGAGCUGGCUGAGAUUCUUGAUUGGUUGGAAGAUAAAGAGAAAGAAGUGAAAUCCAGGCCUCUUCUAGAGAGGGAUCCAACCAGCGUGGAGGCCGAGUUGAAGAAUCAUAAUGAAUUGUGCGAGGCUGUCAAUGAACAUCUCGAGAGAAUCAGAAACUUGAAGAACUCGGUGCCACACGAGGAAGGGAUGCCUGGAUCAUUGAAAGAAAUGCUCAGCGAGGCAGUGUCGCUGCUGACCUCCUUGCCAAGAGAGAUGGAGGAACGUGGAAAUUAUUUGGAGAGUAACAUGAAACUCAGGCAGGAGUACGCCGCUCUUACUGAGAAGCUUCAAAGUUGGGUUCGCGAGGCGGAGGUUCGGCUUGAGAGCGACAAAGAUGGACUCGAUUUCGAGAAUAUUCUGAGCGAUCUCGAGGAGCACAAGCAAGGUCGUGAGUGUUCUGCAAGUUUUGGAAACUUCGAAAAUUUUAAAAGUCAUAAAAAUUUUAAGAAGAUUUUGGACAAAUUUUGGAAAUCACAUUUGGAAGUUAUUUACUUCAGUAGUGAGCCAACAAUUCGCGAGCUGGUUUCCCAGCAGAUACAACAGGCAGGCGACAAAAUUUGGCCGUCGCUGACCACGUCCGAGCAGGAAGAACUGAGCGCGGAACAACAGCAGCACACUCAAUUAUUGAAGAACACGUUAAACACCGCGAAAUCUCAACGCGCCAGAUUGGAACAAGGCGCUGAAACCUGGAGGGACUACACGCAAACCCUCGAGCGAGUUCGAGCUGUUAUCGCGAGGAGCAGAUUCACUGACGAGCCUGUCACGACUCUGGCUGGAUUGCAAUUUAACAUCCAGAAGAUCACGCACGCGCUCAAUGAUAUACAGAAUCAGCAGUACGAAUUAGACCUUUUGAACGAACGCAGUCGCGAGGUGCUUCGAUUGGCUGACAGUAAUAACAAGAAGACGAUAGAAGCACAAAUCUCUGAGAUCAGCACGGAAUGGAAAGAAUUGAUUUCUGGAUUAGAAGGUCGCAGAGACGCUCUCGAGGCGCUUUCCAAGCAUUGGGAAGAUCUGGAGGCGCAAUGGUCCGCGAUUGAAACUCGCGUAAAUGUCAUUGAAGAGAAGAGCAAACUACUAGACACCGUAGUUCGGUCUAAGCAACAUUUGAAAGACACCAUCAAGGCUUUGCACGAGUUGGUAGCGGAAGCCGAGAAGCUGAAACCAAUGACAGCGGAAGUGAAAGAUCUGUCAGGGCCUGUUUUAGCGUACCUGGCAGCCUUCACAGAGGCGCCAGCGCAUGCUCUCGAGGAGAAGUUGAAUAAGCUGCAGAAUUCCGUCGAAUCGUGAGUCAAAAUUGCCGUUUCAUUAUGAUGUUUCAGAAGCACUGCCAAAGACACUGUAUCGGUGUCGCCAAAGGAUAUUCUAUCCGCGAACGUGUUUCUCCUGAAAUCGAAAUUUAUAUAUAAACACUGAUGACGUUUCGCAUUCCAUUCUUCUUUCCGUCCUAUCUUAUUUUUCGUAACUAUUUCGUAUUUAUUAGAACAUAGUUUUAUACAGAUCCAUCGUUCAUUCGUCAAUUUAUAACUUUCUAUUCUUAGUUCAAGAUUUACACGUAGAAGAUUUUGGUUAAAAAUCUGUAUACGUUUCACAUGAUUUUAGAUUCUUUAUUUCAGUUUUCAAUUAUUUUUUUUCUUUUUCUUUACUUUUAGCUUCAAGUUUAA